AUGACUGCUGCACGUCCCGCGUCCGCCACGACCGUCUUCCUCGACCAGCCUCCGAGCUGCAUGCAGUUCUGCCCGGCUGCGCCAAACACUUUCGUCAUCGGCACCUAUCUUUUGUCCGAGAAGAAGGACGACGAGGGGAACGUCGUCGAGCAGUCCAAGACUGGAAGUUUACAGCUAUGGAAUAUUGAGCCCGAACAAAACAACCUCACGCUCAUCCACCGGAUAUCCGUGCCCUACGCAGUCUUCGAUCUGCAUUUCCACCCGCGAGAUCCCUCGCUCUUGGCAAUCGCCUCCAGCGUCGGCUCUGUCGCGCUGUUCCGCGUCUCAGGCCCAUCACCCACUGAAAUCACCCAUCUCUGGGCCCGUCCCGUCCACGAUGAUCCGUCCAUCCCGGCUCUCUUCCUGGCCUGGACGCCUCCGCACUGGUUGAAUCGCGAGCAGGCCGACGGGUUCGCCGUCACGUUCUCCGACGGCUCCACGGUCGUCUUCGGAUGUGAUUCCACCGCCACGCUCUCCGAGAAGUCGGACGAGAUCGCAGAACUCGGCAGUUUUGCAGCGAAACAGCCCAUCGAGGUAUGGUUUGUCGCGCUGGCUGCGGUGCAGGACGAGGAGUCGAGCUCGGCGUCGACCACUACUCGGUUCCUGUUCACGGGUAAUGAUUUCGGUUCUCUGCAUACUCGUCGUCUUGCUCAAGCAUCUGAGCAGGACGAGGACGAGCUCUUGUCUCCCCUACUUUUGGAUCAUGAUGACCGAGGGAGACACCAUACUGCCGGCGUCACGUCCAUCCUGCCGCUGCCGCUGCCGCUGGUCGACGGGGCACCAUUGCUGCUGACCGGUAGUUACGAUGAGUAUCUGAGAGUAUAUCAUGCUACGCGGCCGGGCGAUGUGCUAGCAGAGGAGUGUCUAGGGGGUGGAGUGUGGCGACUGCAGUUGCUGAAGACGACGCAUGAAUCCGUAGAAGGGGGUGCGCGAUGGACGUUCCUGGUCCUGGCGAGUUGCAUGCAUGCCGGGACACGAGUGGUGCGAGUUACGGGGGAAAUGAAAGAGGGCUCAGAACCUCAAUGGGGGAUUGAGGUUUUGGCGGAGUUUACGGAGCACGAGAGUAUGAACUACGCUUCGGACGUGUGGAAGCCCCGCGGUGGGUAUGAUUUGCAAGGGCAAGAAGGAUCGGAGUUGCUCUGUGUGUCCAGCAGCUUCUACGAUCGAAGGGUGUGCAUCUGGCGAACGAGCGUAUGA